CAAAGCACCGCGUUUUACCUGAAUCGUGUCUGUAACUUAAUUCACUGGGGACGCAAAUACCACAUUGGAAACCAAGGACGAAGACUGAACUUCGUCAACUGUAAACUGAAGGCAUCUUUAAGCUUCAAAUCGGACAAAACCCUAGCAGUGCAUUUUGAAGAUGUCUCGAGCACUAGCUUUGCUCACGCUCCUCAGCUCCUUUCCAUUUCUCGCACUGCUUUCCAAUGCAUUUUCUCCUGAAAACCCCACAGAUCGGAGAGUUUUAGUUUUGCUCGAUGAUUUCUCCAUCAAAUCUUCACAUUCUCUCUACUUCAAUUCUCUCCAAACCCGAGGUUACGAUCUCGAUUUCAAGCUCGCCGAUGAUCCCAAGAUCGCAUUACAACGAUACGGCCAGUAUUUAUAUGACGCCUUAAUUCUAUUUUCCCCUACCAUUGAUAGUUUUGGGGGAUCACUUAAUGCGGCAGCUAUACUGGAGUUUGUUGAUGCGGGUCAUGAUUUGAUUCUUGCGGCUGAUGCAUCUGCUUCUGAUCUGAUUCGUGAGAUUGCUUCCGAGUGUGGGGUUGAUUUUGAUGAGGAUGCGGCAGCUAUGGUCGUCGACCAUACAAGCUAUGCAGUUUCUGAUACAGAAGGGGACCACACCUUGAUUGCUGGUGAUAAUAUCAUACAAUCUGAUGUAAUCUUGGGCAGAGAAAAGAUCAAGGCUCCUGUACUCUUCAAGGGGAUUGGUCAUUCUAUAAAUCCUGCCAAUAGCUUGGUGAUGAAAAUCCUCUCAGCUUCUCCUUCAGCAUAUUCAGCUAAUCCUAAAUCCAAAUUAUCAGCUCCGCCAACACUCACUGGAUCAGCAAUCAGUCUCGUUUCAGUCGUGCAGGCAAGAAAUAAUGCUCGAAUUCUUAUAUCUGGCUCCUUGAGCAUGUUUAGCAAUCGAUUCUUCAGAUCUGGGGUGCAAAAAGCUGGAAGCACAAUCAACCAUGAUAAAUCUGGCAAUGAGCAGUUUGUGACUGAGACUAGCAAGUGGGUCUUCCAUGAAAGAGGUCAUCUCAAGGCUGUGAAUGUAAGACAUCACAAAGUUGGGGAGGCAGAGGAACCUUCUAUAUACAGAAUCAAUGAUGACCUGGAAUAUUCUGUUGAGGUUUAUGAAUGGUCUGGAACAAGUUGGGAACCUUAUGUCGCAGAUGAUGUUCAAGUUCAGUUUUACAUGAUGAGCCCCUAUGUUCUGAAAACCCUGUCAACCAAUCAGAAGGGUGUCUAUUAUACAUCGUUCAAGGUUCCAGAUGUUUAUGGAGUAUUCCAGUUUAAGGUUGAGUACGAGAAAUUAGGAUUCACAAGCUUGAGCCUUGCAAAACAGAUUCCUGUUCGCCCCUUCAGACACAACGAAUAUGAGAGAUUUAUAACAACUGCCUUUCCUUAUUAUGGAGCAUCCUUCUCUAUGAUGGGUGGUUUCUUCCUCUUCUCCUUGGUAUAUCUCUACCACAAGUAGAUGCAAGAUGGCUGGAACUAAGAGUACUUGAAGAAUCAAGUGCAGAUUUUGUUCUAACCUCCAAGAUAGAAAUAGAUGAUGUCUCUAGCCUGUAGUAUUUUUCGAAACAAAAAAGGUGUAGUUUUACGUUGCUUAGCAGCAAUGAAUUAUGGAAAACUUUUAGUUUUAAGUUGCAUCAAUUGCUAAAUUUUAUAUGCUCACUAGUCCAAAUGCAUUUUCUUGGCUCCUUGUUCCCGUUUCUUUCGAUCUAUGAUGAUUUACCAUUGUGUAAAACUAGCAUAGCUAUACCAUGUUUGAUACUAGCUUUUUAGUUGCUU